AUGCAGAACAAUCAGUUAUGCGUCGAGUCUUUGCGCGAGUAUUUUGCUCGUAUUCACUGGACAACUCCCCCGUCGGUCAUGGAGCCUGAAGAUCGCGGUUACGACCCCAAUGCGCCAUUGCCCAUGGAGAACUUGUCUCCAGAGUUGCAAGCUCAGAAAGAUCGCAUUAUCGAGGCCUUGACACCAGUGACAUCCGUCGUUGGCUCUUCACUCGAGUCAAGGAGAAGAAUCGCCAUCGACGGACGUGGGACGCGCAACGCGGCCAAUGAUCCAUAUGCGCUCUUCCUUCUAGAGCUGUCGGGCAUCUCGAAAGCCAAGAAACGCCGCCAACCCUUCCAACAGUUCAUGAAGGAGCAACGUCCCUUCCUCACUCCGAUUAUCCAACGCGAAUGGCUUCAGGCGAAGCAGGCUCCUGGCUUCAAAAAAAAGUGCAUUGACGCGGACUUUCGGGCCUCGGUCGUCAGACGAAUCUUCAAGACAUUACCGAAGGAGCAACAGGACGAUUAUCAGGCCCGAGCCAAGGCUGAGGCGGAUGAACUCAAGGCUCAAUUCGACGAGAUGGCGAGAGCGCCGCCAGAUACAUCGCCAGAGGCUCGACACAACGCAUUGCGUCGGGCUGGCGGCCUUCAUUGGCCCGGUACUCCAAGAACUGUUCAACGUUACAGUGUUCAGUACUUUUCCUUUGGACGAAACCUUACAGCUGCAGGACCUCACUGGGCUCAAUGGGAUCCUGCCCGUUUCAAAAAAAUAUUGGAAUUUUUCGUCGAAUACCUCCAAACUGCUUAUACUGCCGAACAGUGUGCCAGCUCUGCCCUUGAAACCAGCGAAACCAACUUUCCGUAUGACCCUCAAAAUCCCCCCCCUCGAGCGGUUGGCACUGCCGUACCACCAGCGUGGAUGUCGACAGAGAUUCCUCUCGGGCCUGACCCGGAAACCGAGACAGAAGAUGAAGACGAGGCGCCAAAAAAGAAGAGAAAAGUAGCGGCUCGACAAAAUGCCGCCACCACUAGUCGCCCAGAUCCCGCCGCAUCUGCUAUCCCAUCUACGUCACACUCGGUUUUCAGCGUUAACCCACAACCUCCGCCUUCACCCAAGUUGUCUUACAACUUUGACGGAAUGUAUUCUUUCGACGACGAUCACAGCGAGAGGGCGGUGGACCAGUCGGAGUCUCGCAAAGAUGGAGACGAGGCGCCAAAAAAGAAGAGAAAAGUAGCGGCUCGACAAAAUGCCGCCACCACUAGUCGCCCAAAUCCCGCCGCAUCUGCUAUCCCAUCUACGUCACACUCGGCUUUCAGCGUUAACCCACAACCUCCGCCUUCACCCAAGUUGCCAUACAACUUUGACGGAAUGUAUUCUUUCAACGACGCUCACAGCGAGAUGGCGGUGGACCAGUCGGAGUCUCGCAAGAUCCCCUUCAGCAGCUCGUCUGUCAGCUCUGCGCCAUUCUCCACCACUAUGACUGGGAACGUGGAAAGGCCAUUCGCCAUUUCCCCUCACCCUACAGUGUCGGCUCCGCAGAUGAUGCCAAGCCCUUCUCAAGCUUCAGUCUCGUCAUCCUCGACAACCCUUUUCCCUGGGCCAGCCCUAGUAUUUCGGCCUUCCCCCAGCUUACCCUCUUCGACUUCAUCGACUUCGCCUUUCUCACUUGCGACAUCUGCCACCGAGCAUUCUAUUUUCCCCAGCCCAUCUGCACCAAGCUCAUCGACUACGCCUUUCCCUUUCUCGUUUGCGAAUUCCGCAACUGAGCUUUCCGUUUUUCCCCAGCUCUCUUCAGCAAGCUCGUCGACUACGCCUUUCUCGCUUGCCAUAUCCGCGACCGAGCCUUCUAUUCCCCCUCGUCCACCUUCACCAAGCUCACAACUUCUUUCGACUUCGACAUCUGCCACCGAGCAUUCUAUUUUCCCCGGCCCAUCUGCACCAAGCUCAUCGACUACGCCUUUCCCCUUUCUCGUUUGCGAAUUCCGCAACUGA